CCUCCUGCUCGCUCAGCGGUAGAUUUGGAUUGGACCGACGGCUGAGGAAAAUGGGAGACGACUUGGGUGACGAGUGGUGGCAACACGAGGGUGCAUCUGAAGAAGAGGAGGAGACAGAACAAGAGAAACAGCCAACAGAAAAAACAAAAGCAAAACCAGAGAAGAGGAAGAGGAUUACAGAGAAAACAGUUAAAUCCAAGAAGAAGAAAAAGAGUGAACAGGCUGAGUGUAUAAUUCCUCAAAAGAAAGAGACUGAGGAUGAAAAGUCAACUAAACCCAAAAAGAAAAGGAAGAAGAAGAAGACGAUUACAGAUGUCUUGGCCACCUCUGAACCAAAACCAGGCUGCCCGGCUGACCUGCAGAACCUGAUCACGCAGCACUUCUCAGAUAAGCGCUCUGUGAUCGAACAGGAGGAGCUCAAAUUGCAGGACUCCAGUUUUCUGUCCAGUAAUGACUUGACACACAGCCUCUCCUCUUAUCUGAAACAAGUUUGUCCCAAGUGGGCAAAAAUUCAAAAGCAGCACACAGAAAAGAGUUCGGUGGUUCUUCUCAUCAUCUGUAGCUCCGCUCUCCGAACCAUUGAGCUCAUCAAGCAGCUGACUACCUUCAAGGGCGAAGCCAAAAUAGCAAAGCUUUUUGCAAAACAUAUCAAGAUAGAGGAGCAGGUGAAGCUGCUGCAGAAGGGCGUCACCCACAUUGGAGUGGGGACGCCAGGCAGGAUCAGUGCUCUUAUUGAGAAAGAGGGUUUGAACUUGCAGGCAUUGAGAUACCUGGUUCUGGACUGGAACUGGAGGGACCAGAAGCUCAGAAGGAUGGUAGACAUUCCUGAGAUCAAACUGGACUUUAUUAAGCUGCUGGAGAGUGGUAUCCUUAAUGGCUGCAAAGAAGACAAAGUCAAAAUUGGACUUUUUUAACUGCACGUUGUUCACUUGCUGAUAGUCCACGACUUGAUGACGACUUGAUGUUCAAAGCGUUGAACUGAUGGUCCUGACUACCCGCCGAGAAGCCUCUUCCUGUUUUUUUUUCCUUUGUGUCGGUGUGAAACCUGUGCUCUGCUUUUACUAUUUUCAGAGGUCGUGUCAAAUGUGUGGUGCUGUUUGUUCGCUCAUGUAGUCCAACACAGUGUCCCAGUGUGAUGGAUUGAAUAAACGGACUCAGAAUGAAACCAG